AUGGGUGUAUCUAAGGAGGACAAACUGGAAGUGCUGGAUUUAUGGUCUGUGAGUCAGAACUUCUUGGAUAUGCGGCUUUGGUCCAUGGAUAACUGGCUACCACAGACCUCAAGUGAGACUCAAGCACUAGCAGGCCAUUCGAAGGCGGGAGUGAAGAAGCCCUCGAAGGUGGUGGUGGACUUGUUUUUCAUGGAAGGCCCCCUUACCCAGUUCUUAGGGUACCUUCUUGAGUGGAGUGAUAAGAGGAAAGGCCUGUUACAGCUUUACUGUAAUGAGCUUCAGAUUUGGUCAGCAUCCCAUUUUAACCACAAGAAGCUCUCAGAAAAGGUGAACCUGGAGUAUGUAGAAACACUGGGCCUCCACGAUGCUUUCUGCAAUCCAGUUUUCUUGCUUAACUUGGCUUCUUACCUGGGCUGCAUGAGGAACCUGCACAAGCUCUCUCUCACCAACAUCCAAGGAGAUAACUUUAUUUCCCCAGAGGAGAAGAGCUAUAUCAUCAUCCAGUUCACCUUGCAGUUCGUCAAGCUGGAAUGUCUCAAGAAGAUGCAUCUGGAAACUGUUCCCUUCCUUGAGGGCCACCUGCACCAGCUAUUUGGGUCCUUGAAGACCCCCUUGGAUGACCUGGAUGUGACUCACUGUACACUCUCAGUAUCAGAAUGGGACAGUCUUUCUGAGUUCCCAUGUGUCAGUCAAUUGCAACAACUGAAUUUGCAAAAUGUCAGAUUGACUGAUCCAUGUCCUGAAACCCUCCAAGUUCUAUUAGUAAAAGCUGGACUGACCCUGGUGACCCUGGACUUAGAGGACUGUCAAAUUGAGGAUCAAUAUCUCCAUGACAUCUUACCUGCCCUGAGCAGCUCUCUUCAGCUCAAGUUCAGCUUCUAUGGGAACCAAAUCUCCUUGCAUGCCCUGAGGGACCUACUACACCAUACUGCCAGCUUGAGAAAGCUAAGAGUGGAGCUGUACCCUGUUCCUCAGGAGAGCUAUGACUACAAUGGUACUCUCCACAUAGAACUCAUGAGAGAAUAUUGUGAUGAGCUUAUGGAUAUUCUGAAAGCCAUUAGGGAGCCAGGGAAGGUUGUCUUUGGUACUAAAUGCUGCUGCAAUUGUGACAAUCGAUACAUCUACAACAAAACCCCAUUGUGUGAGGGUCAGCGUUAUUAUUAG